UCCCAUGUCAUCGCGUUUUCCCCAGCGUUAUCCCAACAGUUUCGCUGCCCGACGCUCAUAAACAUCCCUCAUCCGAGUUGAGCACCGGAGGCCAUGGAUGCGCGGCGCUGGAGGGCUCUCCCACCCGGGAAUCUUUCCGAUUGUCCCAACGGCUCCCGCUGGGUGAUGGACGUGUUCAACGAAUGCGCCCAGGACGGCCGGGACAUCGCCAGCGUCGUCCUGGGUCUGGUUUCCAUCCUCUGCUUUGCGGCUGCCUCUUUUCCGCAGUUUUACCAAGCCUGCAAGACAGGCAUCAUGGACCGGGCUCUCUCCAUAUACUUCCUGCUGGGAUGGCUGGGCGGAGACCUCCUAAACCUCAUCGGUUCCUUCCUGGCCGAUCAGUUGCCGCUGCAGGUUUACACGGCUGUUUACUACGUGCUCGCAGAUCUGGUGAUGCUGUCUCUCUACUGCUACUACAAAGUGAAGAACCGGGGCGGAGGAUUUGCCGUCCCGAUCAACGCAGCCUUCGUCUUCCUUUCCCUGGGGACGGUGUCGACCGUCUCCUUCCUGGGCAGAGAUGCUGCCGUGGCGCAGGACCCGGCGACGUUUAAAGGGAGGUCUCUGCUGUCUGCUCACGUGGAUGAGCUUGGGUCGAAGCCUUUCACCAGGAGCGAGAUCAUUGGCUUCACCAUCGGCUCCAUCUCCUCCGUGCUGUACCUGUGCUCCCGAGUCCCCCAGAUCUACACUAAUUACAAGAGGAAAUCCACCAUCGGGGUCUCCUACUCCCUUUUUGCCCUGGUGAUGCUGGGGAACUCGCUCUACGGCCUCAGCGUCCUCCUGAAGAACCCCGAGCCGGGGCAAGGCGAAGGCGACUACGUCCUGCACCACCUCCCCUGGCUGGUGGGCAGCCUGGGCGUCCUUUCCCUCGAUGUGGUUAUCUCCUUCCAGUUCCUCGCUUAUCGGAGAGGAAGACCCGGUACCCAUGAAGAGAGGGAUGCUCUUCUCGGCGAGCAGGGUGACAGCCUGGAGAGCUGACGAAGGGACCUGCCCCGGGGUGAGAAGAGGAUGAUGCGGACGAGAAAGCUGGCCUUAACGCCGGGCGAACCAGCCCCUCCAUCCUGGUGGCUCUUGGGGGAAGAGGACCUGAGCCAGCGGGUGACAUGUUGUGCUGCUGAGACUCUAAGCCCAGCCAGGUGGCAGAGGAUGCUGCUGAGAGACCUCGUGCCUCUUUGACACCAGGGAUGCUAUCGGGAUAAACGGAAUUAUUUGAUACCUCAAAAGGUCGC